AGGUCGCUGUCACAGCGAUGACGUUGGGGAGGUCAGUUUGCGCCUGCAUCGUUAUGACGUUUGUUCUGACAGUUCAAGGUCAGUUCGACAGUUCAGCGUUCGAUUGGGAUUUUGAAUCAGAAUGCCAAAAGAUCUGUUCCGAUACUCUUAAAAGAGAUGGAUGUUGUCCCGAGACCUUAUGCGAAAGUAACCAGUUAAGUAACUUAGUACUGAACGCAGGCUCCUCACUCAGGUUUGAAAUGAUCCAUUCAUGCCCGGAUGAAGCUCAAGCUGAACUUAAAAGCCUCUGUGUUGACAGAACCCGAUAUGACGUCACUUCCGAUCUGGAGUCACUCAUGCCAGUGACGUCAGACGGCGUGACAUUCUUCAACAAGUACUGUGCAGCCUGCUAUAAUGUUUCUUCUUACUACAAGUGGUCAGUAAAUAUCAGCUGUAAUGCCCAUGUAAAUCUCCAUACCUUACGGACCCAGCAAGAGAUCGUCAACAUGGCGAUAUCAUCCGGGUACUGUCAGGUCAUGCUUCAAAAACCUGCCGCUCUACGCCUUAUUACAUGCAUGAGUACCUCAAUCUUUGAAGGUGAUGAUGAUAUACUUAUCAACAGACAGGUUCCAAUUAAAUCAUUUAUCGGAGCAGGGAGAAAUCAAAAUCCUUCAUUCCACGUUGAAACAGAUACGCCAUUUUCAAUCAUACUAAGUUUCAGUGACGAAAAUGAUGAUGAGUAUGAACUCCCAUAUGAUGAGAAGGGAGAUAACUCCACAUGCUCCGAAAACCAGUGGACAUAUAAUUUUACGGAUUUGUGUUUCGAUGUCCACUGUUUCCAAGGGAAGACCAUGGUUGGCAGUUCAUGCAAGUCUCUUAUUGCAGAAGGGAAAGGCUUAUUAUACCGCUACUCAAUCAAACUGGAAUCCAAAUACAACCAACAACAUGGCCAUUGUGAAAUGGAUGAGAGGUUAAAAAGACAUGUUUAUGAAAUAGCUGAACGUUUACAAACAGAAUAUUUCAGAUGUGAAAUUUUCCCCAGUUUCACAACAGACGGUUCUGAAAAUUAUUUGAAGGCUGUGUUGAUGUACCAGAUCACAUUGACCAAACCCAUGGAUAGAGAUGUGUUUGAGGAACGAGCGCUUAAUCUGACAAAGGAACCUUGGAAUAUGACCUGUGGGGACUCCGUAAUGCAGUUCAAGGUCAAUCUUGUUUCUUCUUCGUCGCCCGAAGCUACUCGAGCAUUGGUUAAAUCCGAUCCUGGAGACAAAUUACCCGUGUCCCAUCAGACCUUCACUAUAAACAAUCCCGAAUACGAAUCAUACAUAACGGAAGAGAAUUCUUACAUAAAUAUUUCCCCUGUCAUGGUUUGUCAGUUUGUGAAAUUUAACUCAAGCCAAUACACACUUAACCCGACUGGAGAUAUCCGCCUCACUGACGGAAACGUGUCCCUUCAACCUCACGACUUCGACCUCGCCGACGGGGAUGCACGUGUGUGUGUUGAUGUUCUGACUAGCAGAUACGACGCUUUGACAAUACCUAAGCGGGUCAAUAUCCACGGAGUUGUUCGGCAGUAUUUAUCCUAUGUGUGCGUGAUUCUGUCUUUGGUAGGACUUGCUACCACUUUCACUGUAUACAUGGUGUUCCCGUCCCUCAGAACCCUCCCUGCGAAGAACAACAUCUGUCUGGUGGUUAAUCUGUUCCUUGCACAGUCUCUCCUGCAGUUCGGUGUCAGGAGGACAGAGAAUCCUACAUCCUGUGCAAUCCUGGGGAUCCUCAUCCACUUCUUCUGGUUGGCGUCUCUCUUGUCUAUGAACGUGUGUUGUUUUCACAUGUACAGAGUGUUCAGCAGCAGGACGUUAGCCGCUAUGCCAAGACACUCCUCUUUGAGACGACUUGUGAAAUACAUUGCCUACCCGUACACAGUUGCCACUAUCAUAGUAACUUCCACCAUAACGUCACAAUACAUCACCAGCAAUGGCAGCAGCAUCGGAUACGGUGGAAGACACUGCUACCUGUCUUCACCGUUACUAAUAGGUUUAGCCUUUGCCCUGCCUCUAGGAGUCAUCCUGCUUCUGAACGGAAUCAUGUUCUGUAGGGCUGUUCGUUCCAUAGCACAGACCAGCCUCAUUCAGAGAGAGGCUAUGGCAAAGGGUAGACACAACCUGCAUGUGUACAUCAAACUUUCAACGCUGACAGGACUAUUCUGGAUUGUGGGGAUCCUAGCGGAGGUGUUUCCCCUAGAGGUUCUCGCUUACCUCUCCAUCAUUCUGAACGGUAGUCAGGGCGUCUUCAUCUGCAUUGCCUGCGUCUUUAACAAGAGAGUCCUCCACCUAGUUGGCUGUACAGGGAAACUGCCGGGUCAGACCACUAGCUCGGACAAACCGAAAACACGAACCAAGAGUACAUCGGCGAAUGACUUAAAAUGAAUGAAGAAAAGUGUAUUCUAAACAAGAAUAUGUUUUAAAUGUAUUCCCUUUCUAGAAUGGUUGGCAGAUAUAGACAAUUGCACAAAGAAAGCAGGCAUGAACAGAAGAUCCGACUCUGGGAGUCUCUGACAACUGAACGUUACUGAUUUUACAAAGUCAUGCUAUACAUAAUUACACAUUGUAAUAUGAUAAGCUGCACGUGAAAACGUCGUUUGUAUAGGAAUUUGCAAUUCACAAAUGCUGAGUCUCUGAUUGU